AUGGAUCAACCUGCGUCACUUCAUCCUCCCUCUGGGACAACAGCACAAGCUCUCGUCCAGAAUGUCACGUUCACCAGCUCCAACUUCAAGCUUGCUGCCAACAUGUACAUCCCCGCCAAUGCCCCCGAAGGACGUCUCCCCGCCAUCGCCGUCUCUCAUCCAGCCAGCGGCGUCAAGGAGCAGACGGCUGCCAUCUACGCCAGCCGCGUUAGCCAAGGGGGCUUCAUCACCCUAGCUUGGGAUGCUGCGUAUAAUGGAGAGAGCGAAGGCCAGCCACGGGGUCUUGAAGAUCCCGCCCAGAGAGUCGAAGACAUCAAAUCUGCCGUCACGUUCCUCAGCAACCACGAGCGCGUUGACCCUGGCCGCAUUGCCAUCCUUGGCAUCUGCGCCUCCGGGGGUUAUGUGACCGUCGCCGCGGCCGUAGAUAGACGCAUCAAGGUAGCCGCCACGGUCAGUGGUGCCGAUAUUGGGCCAUUCUUUCGUCAAGGCUUCGAUGGAAAGCAAGAUGCCUCGGUGGCAGAGAACAUGCUACGCGAAGCGGCCAAAGCCCGAACCGCAGCUGGCAAUAACCCCGGGGAAAUAUCCGGCUUCCCCAUCUUCCCACCCAACGCGUCCGCUGCAGAGGCUCUUGGGCCGUAUGUGUACGAGGGCUGGGAAUACUACAAUACUUCUCGCGGCUUUCACUCUCGCUCGGCGAAGACUAUGCCAUGGAGUAGCGUUGAUAAGAUAUUUGCUUUUGAUGGAUUUCAAUAUGUGGACAGGAUCUCUCCGCGGCCUAUCCUGAUGAUAGUCGGUACCGAAGCGGAUACCAAAUGGAUGGCAGAGGAAGCAUAUCAACGUGCAAAGGAGCCAAAGGAGCUGUUCUGGGUUGAAGGGGCUACUCACGUUGGGCUGUAUGACAAGCAUGAAUAUGUAACACCUGCUGUAUCACGCCUCAUCGCAUACUAUCAAAAGCACCUGGAGGUUGGCCAACAGCAGGCAGCAUGA